CCUUAUCACAGCCUCGACCCAGCGACCUCAGCCUCGACUUAAACUUCUUUGUUCAGGUCGCAAACCACGAGCUCAAGCUUCCAAUAAUGCCUCUCCAUUUGUUAGGGAAGAAGUCAUGGAACGUCUACAACCAGGAUAAUAUCGAGAGGGUCAGACGCGAUGAAGCUGCUGCAAGGGCAAAAGAGGAAGCCGAGGAACAGCGCAUGCAACAGAUAGAUACUGAGCGGCGGAUGCAAAUUCUUCGCGGGGAGAUACCUACGCCUUUGCCUGAAAUUGAGGACAAACCGAAUGAUGGCGGACGAGAGGACAGUUCAUAUGGAUCGGGGAGGGAGCGCAAGAGAAGAAAGAAAGCAGGGGAGAAUGAUACGGAUUUCGAAAUGCGAAUAGCUCAAGAUCAAACAUUGGCCUCGGAUUCGAAGAAACAAAUCGUGCUGCGGGGGUCUGUUGAUGCACCGUUAGUCGACCAUUCGGGUCAUAUCGACUUGUUCCCUCAAGAACGAUCAAGCAAAUCCGUGGAAAAGAACGCCGAGGCCGAGAAGGAGACAGCUAAGAGGAAGAAGGAAUACGAGGAUCAAUAUACUAUGCGCUUCUCAAACGCUGCUGGAUUCAAACAAGGCUUGGAGAACCCGUGGUAUUCCAGAAAUGCUGUUACGGCAGAGGCCCUCGCAAACGAUAUGCCGAGUAAGAAUGUCUGGGGUGAUGAAGACCCCGGGCGUAAAGAGAGAGAGGCGGCGAGGAUGAUGUCUAAUGAUCCAUUGGCCGCUAUGCGUCAAGGUGCAGCACAAGUUCGGCAGGUCGAAAAGGAGAGAAAACGCUGGCGAGAAGAGAAGGAGAAGGAGAUCCGUGAACUGGAAGAGGCAGAAAGGAGAAGAAAGAGACGCAGAAGAAGGAGCGAAGGUGAUGACGAUGAUUUAGAAAACUUCAGAUUAGACGAAUCUGACAGAGAUUCAUCUCGCAGGAGAGAGGAUGAUCGCGAUAGAGAGCAUCGACACCAUCGGCAUAGGGAGUCAAGACGAAGGUCCCAUCGAGAUGAGAAUGGUCAUCACAGACAUAGGCAUAGUAGGCACAGGCAUAGUUAUGGAGACUGAUCAUUGGCAAUCUAGCAAUAAUUACAGAUCGUGUCUAGGGGUAUAUCCUCCCUCCACACCUCAUUCUCUUGGACUCUCUCUUGAACAUUCAAUAGUCAAUCUUCACCUCCUUCAUUUCCGCCUUUGCCAAAUCCGCCACCUCUUUCGCCUCCAACCUCUCUAACGCCUGCAAUAUGUCCUUGUAGAGCACCUCACUCAUACCCUCUUUCCUACUACUGUAUAUAUCCAAGCCCGCAGGAGUGAACAGACUUGGUGCAAACCACGUAACAGCCCAUUUCUCGUCUCCUCUUUCACCCCAGCC